AUGCUAUCUAAAACCGAGAUACGGAUCCUAGACUUGCUGCCUUCUUCGGGUUUAAAUAAUAGCGAUGUCCCGAUAAAAUGCCAAACUCGAGUUGUUCCUUUUCCUACGGAUAUUGAAUUUGAGACACUAUCAUAUGUAUGGGGAACGGUACAGGAUGUUACAACUAUUAGUGUCGAUGGAAAAGAUGUUCCAAUUACAACAAACCUUGCGGCCACUUUGAAGCGCAUUCGUCUUUCAAAUGAGAUUCGGACUAUUUGGGUGGAUCAGCUAUGUAUCAAUCAGCAGGAUGAGGAAGAGAAGGGUAACCAAGUCGCUCUUAUGGGCCGCAUAUAUUCUACGACAACUCAAUGCCUGAUUUGGUUAGGCGAGAUUGGGCAAGAUAUUUCAAUCUCUGAUGCUCAAAUUGCGCUAGACUAUAUUUACUAUAUCAGCGAGGGCAAGCGAAAGCAAGAGGGAACUUCGGAACUGAGUGCUUCCGUCGACUUUGACUCGGUGGAGGCUCUGCGUGAGCCGAUGCGAGCGUUGCAUUCGAUCGGCUUGAAGAAUAACCCAUGGUGGACUCGAAUGUGGACGUUGCAAGAAGCAAUUCUCCCCCCUAAAGCCUGCGUCUUGUGGGGUCAAUUAUCUAUACAAUGGGAAUUACUCGUUUCCGCAGCGCAAAGGUGGGUAUCUUUUCCUUAUUAUGACCCUGUCAUAUACGCCUAUAAUGACACUCUCUUCAAUAUUUUCUCACAAGUAAUGGGCUUUGUUUUCGCCAAGGAAAAUCGUCAAGGACCUUUAGACACGGCGUUUCGCUGGAGUUUUCGCAACGCAUCAAACCCCCUUGACAAGGUCUAUGGACUUAUCGGGCUUUUCCCAGCCGGAACUCUCCCCCGGGUUCGAACAUGUGAUUAUGGACUAUCCAGAGCUACCCUCUAUGCUAUGUUCACCGCGGAUCUGAUUGAAUAUCAUCAAAGCUUACAUCCCAUCGCCUUACGAUGUUUACGCAACCUUCCAGAGAUUCUCAAUGACUUUCGAUGGUAA